UUCCGUGUCGAAAAAUUACUAGCAAUGUUCGACAGUGACGAAAUAGAGAUAAAAAGUUACUUUAAAUCGAAUUUACUGGCAUGUCGGCAAGCGAUUGAUGACGAUUUUAAAAAAUUCGCUACUCUCGAUACAAAUGGCCAGCGCGUUUCUUUGCUGCUUAGUUAUCCGGAGGCGCAUGAACUGUCUCUGGAAGUCGAGAAUUGCCCGGUGAAAGAUCUUGAGAGUGCUUUGAAGCUCAAGGAAUCGGGGAAUAAAUAUUUUGGGUAUGGAAAUUUUCUCAAGGCUCUUGAGACUUAUUCAAGCGCUAUUUUGAUUACUCCUAAAAAAGAGCUAGGCAUAUUCCUAGCAAACCGUUCAGCAGCCCUGUACAACCUUACCCUCUUCGAAGAAGCUCUGAGCGACGCGAACGAAGCCUUCAAAAUCGGUUACCCUAAAGAACUGGCCUACAAGCUUGAAGAACGGCGUGCCCGAUGUCACUUGGCGCUGAAGAACAACUCAAAAGCGAUUUCUUCUUUCCAAAAAACGCUGACAUGCUUGGACGACACCAAGCUUUCCCUGAAGAAGAAGCAGAAGCUGGAGAUGGACGUCAGAAUGAUGCUAGCGGUGAUGGAGAAGGGAAAAGAGUUGAACAAGUCAAAGGACACUAAAAAAUCAACCGCUCAAAAUGGUUCAGAAAAAUUAAAACAAUCAGCGCCUAAGCGGCAGGUUCCCAAGAUACCGGACUGCAAUCCGCUGUAUCCAAACUGCAGCUCUUCCGUAGAGAUCCGCGAGUCUCCAGAUGUGGGAAGAUAUGGCGUUGCGACUCGCGACAUUGAACCAGGAGAACUUUUGAUGGUCGAGAAGCCAAUCAAUGUCGUUCUUCUCACGGAAUACAGACUGACCAAUUGUCACUACUGCUUUACGAAGAAUAUCGCUCCGUACCCUGCAGCUUGUGACACGUGCGCUGCUGUUGCUUACUGCAGCACAAAAUGCAGAGACGCUGACAGCACGAUUCAUUUUAAUGAGUGCAGUGUCCUGGUGCCACUCUGGCUGUCAGAAGCUUCGGUCACCUGUCUGAUGGCCAUUAAAAUCAUCAUCCAGAAGCCCUGGUCCAAGUUGAAGGCUCUGAAAGAAGAGUUUUACAAGUCGAGAGCUGGGUUUAAACCUUCUGCUGAUCAUCCUUACAAGGGAAGCGAUUAUGUCUGCUGUUGGUCACUUGUGACUCACGAAAGCGAAAGAACUAUCGACGACUUGUUCCACCGCGCUUACAUGGCAGCUUGGUUGCUCCGAGUCCUGAAGACCAGUCCCUAUUUUCCGGAAAGUGUUAAGACAGCACCUCAAGAACCGCUUUCUGAAGACGAGCUCUACGUUGCUGAUUUACUCUGUCAUCAUUUGCAGCUUUUGCAGUAUAAUACUCAUGAAAUUUCGGAGAUUAUUAAACCGAGAGGGGAGACAAAUCUCGCGAAAUGCAAAAGCAAUUUUAUUGGAGGCGGAUUGUUUCCUACGCCUGCUUUGUUGAAUCAUUCUUGUAAUCCAGGAAUUAUUCGUUAUUUCGUCGGCACAACAAUGAUUGUCCGCGCCAUCCGCACAAUAAAAAAAGGCGCUGAAGUCUGCGACAAUUACGGACCUAACUUCGCGACAGUGGCAGAGUCAGACCGUAAACGUAAAUUGCGGCUGGAUUAUUGGUUUGAUUGCAAUUGCGAAGCGUGCAGUCAACAUUGGCCGCUUCUCAGUGACAUAAAUCCCAAAAUCUUGAGGUUCAAAUGCGAAACUGGAGAAACUUGUGGCAACGUUCUGCACGUGAACGUCGAUUCGAACGAAUUCAUGUGCCUCUGCAGCAAGUGCGGUAAGAGCACCAACAUUAUGAAAAGCCUGAAAGCUCUCCAGGACACUGACGCGCUGUUCAAAGUUGCUUCGAGAUAUUUAGAAGACGGUGAAAAUUCCGAAGCGCUGGACACAUAUUUGAAAAUACUUAAAAUUUUUGACGAGACUCUCGCGCAUCCCAUCAAAGAUUAUUAUCUCUGUCAGCAAGGUGUCAGACUCAUUAUGCUUUCUCUUGGAAACACAGCUGUAAUAUAAAAUUUUCCAACGAAUGACAUUUAAAUUCGUAAACGUAUAAAAUAAUCAAUUAAGCAGUCAUGAUUGAUAAUCUUUACAUAACUUCGCAAAGUAGC